AGUGCAGAAUAUAAUUAUUUGCAAGUGGGUAUGAGCUUUAGCGCCAACAUCACUACUUAACACUUGGCUUCAAGCUACCCACGGUGGCCACGGAGCAGAUAAGCCAUAUCUUACAAUUGUAGUGUUAAAUAGUUCAGAUACAGACACUUAUUACGGUCGUGUUGGGCUUGGUUUCAAUCCGACCAGACUUUGGUGACUCCAUUAACGGAAACGGACUCUAACAUGGUCCGUAGCGCCGCUAGGCGCCACUGGGUGCUCUUUCUCGCUCUGGCCAUUAGCGCCAUCGCAUGGGCAGACGCAAGCUACCUCACGGGCACACGCUUCCCGUUCGAGUCAUGCGUCCAGAAUACCAAGUACAGCCCCUACUACGCCACUCUCUAUAGUUACAAGGAAAACACGGCGAAGAAGACCUCACAGUACUGCAUUCAGAUUCAUGUCGCCCCCUCUUGCACGCCCGGUUCCUACCGCUGCUGCAAUACCAGCAUCAACAAGGUCAAGUUCUUCCCUGCCCUGGGCUGCCGUGGCUCCCUAGCAAGUGCUAACAUCCGGAAUUCCCUAAUCAACAUCAACGUCACAUCCAUCUACUGGGAG